AUGGUUGAUAUCUUAGGAUAUAGCGUGCCUGGUACCAUUGCCUCCUUCUUCUUCAUCCUGCUGACGUUCAGACGGUCAGAUGACUUCCGAGUGAUGGGCCCUUCCCAUGCUCUCCUGGCCUUGGUGGGGGAAGAUGCCCUAUUAACCUGUCAGCGCCUUCCCAACGGGACUGCAGCACACAUGGAGGUGCGGUGGUAUCGCUCAGAACCCAGCACACCCAUCAUUGCAUAUGGGUACGGAGCUGAGAUGACCGAGGUGCAGAUGGAAGAGUACAGAGGCCGAGUGGAGUGGAUAGAUGAUGGCAUUGCAGAGGGGAGAGUGGCUCUGAAGAUACACAACAUCCAGCCUUCUGACAAUGGGCAAUACUGGUGCCAUCUCCAAGAGGGCAACCAUGCUGGUGAAGCAAGCAUGCUGCUCAAAGUAGCAGGCCUGGGGUCUGUCCCCCAAAUCCACACGAAGGGGUCUGUAGAAGGUGGAAUCCAGCUUGUGUGCACUGCAAAGGGCUGGUUCCCAGAGCCCCGUGUACGCUGGGAGGACAGCCAGGGAGAGUGGUUGCUAUCUCUCUCUGAGCACUACUUCCAAGAUGCCAAUGGCCUGUUCUAUGUGGAAGCCACCCUGUUGGUGCUGGAUGCCUCUCCAGAGUCUGUGUCCUGCAUCAUCCACAACCCUGUGGUCAGUGAGGAGAGGAUGGCCACCAUCGCCCUUCCAGAGAAACUGCAGACUGAGAUGGCUUCUUUAAUGGUGAUUGGACCUUCCCAGCCUAUCCAUGUGAGGAUCGGAGAAGAUGUGGAGGUAUCCUGCUACCUGUCCCCAAAGGUGAAUGCACAGAAGAUGGAGGUGAGGUGGGUCCGAUCCUGGCGCUACCCUGCCGUCCAUGUUUAUAUGGAUGGGAGCGAUGUGGCUGGAGAGCAGAUGGCAGAAUACACAGGGAGGACUUCUUUGAUGAGUGAUGCCAUCCAAGAGGGCAGACUGACCCUGAAGAUACACAACACCAGCAUUUCAGAUGAUGGGCAGUACCGAUGUCUUUUUGAAAAAGAUGAUGUCUACCAGGAGGCCAGUAUGGAUCUGAAAGUGGUAGGUGUGGGCUCCUCCCCACUGGUCACCAUGAAGGAGGGAGAAAUGCAGCUGAAGUGCACUUCGGAUGGGUGGUUCCCACAGCCCCAGGUGCAGUGGAUGGACCGAGAUGGAAUUGUGAUGCCCUCAUUCUCUGAGGCUCUGACACAAGGCAGCCAUGGGCUCUUCCACGUGGAGACAGUUUUACUGGUGGAAAACAACAUGAUUGUGAAUGUGACUUGUUGUAUUAGCAACCCCCUUCUGGGUGAGGAAAAGAGGACUACUUUUUCUUCCCCAGGUUGGUGA